AAAAGUAUUAACGACACUCUUCUAUUUUUAUCCAGUGCGCCAAGAUCCUGAGGGCUGGCCAGUUCUUUCCUUAGUCUUCAGAUUUUCUCCAUUCUAUAACAUUCGCCAACAUGUCUGACACUAUGAGCGAGGAAGAAAGGAGGAAAAAGGAAGAGAAGGACAGGAAGAAGGCUGAUGUGCGAAAACGUCUGGAGGAAGCAGCCAAGGCUAAGAAGGGCAAGAAAGGUUUUAUGACUCCGGAGCGCAAGAAGAAACUUAGGCAACUUCUGCGGAAAAAAGCUGCUGAAGAGUUGAAAAAGGAACAGGAAAGAAAAGCAGAAGAAAGAAAGAAGAUAAUUCUACAACGAACAGGCAACCCUAAAUCAAUGGAUGGUGCCAACGAAGCAACCCUUCAAGCUAUCUGCAAAGAAUAUUAUGAACGUCUAAAACGUCUGGAAUGUGAAAAAUAUGACAUGGAAUAUUCCGUCAGACAAAAAGACUAUGAGAUAAAUGAGCUGAACAUCCAGGUGAACGACUUGAGAGGAAAGUUCGUAAAACCAACCUUGAAGAAAGUAUCCAAGUAUGAAGGAAAGUUUGAAAAACUCAAAGCCAUAGCUAAGAAUGCGGAUAUGGACUUCCGUGCCACCCUGAAAUCUAUUAACAAGGAUAAGUUCAAGCUUGGAGAGGAGAAGGAGUCCGAGAGACCAGAGUGGGCGCUUGGGAAGAAGAAAGAGGAGGGGGAGAAGAAAGCAGCAGGUGAGGGAGAAGAAGAGGAACAAGAGGAAGAGGAGGAGGAAGAAGAAGAAGAGUAGUAGACUCCUGUUGAAUUUAUAUCAACAGGUGACCAUAAUAUCAAUAUCAUAUAUAUAUACCAGAAAUAUCUUGACGGUUUCCCAUGAGUUAGCUAUACCUGAAGGCCAGCCAGUGAAAUAUACCUUCAGCUUAUAAACUCAAGACCAAAAUGUAUAUUUCGACCAACUAAAGUCUUAGCAAGUAGUACGAAUCCCCUAUUUUUGUGGACUUUCUACAGUGUAGGAACAAUAUUCACCAUUUAACUCGGCAUUCCUCAAAUCCGCCAGUAUUUUACGCCUUGACUUGUACCGUCCUAGAUAUUUUAAUAUUAUUUAUUAUGGUGUAUUCUUGCGCCUGUUCAAGUUAGUAGAAAAUUGCGUAAUUAUUCCAUAGCAAAAUAUUGUGACAUAAUGUAAGGUAAACUGAACAUAUUGUAAUACUUCUCUGCGAAUAAAAAGUGAUUACGAUUCAUAGAA